UGUCAGGGCAUUUAAGUAAAACCCAGAUGGCUGUGUUGCCGGGUAGCUAUUCAGCGCAGGGUUUGUUUUGGAAGUGUGUACUAUCGACCAUGUUACAUGGUUUAAUGACAUUAUUAAGUAGAAUCAUUUGUGCAGACUUUUGCCAGAGUAUGAUACUGUUACGUGUUUAUUAAUGCCACGGAGUUUUUUACAGUAGCCCUAGGUUGUUUCAGCCGUAACUCGACGACUUCCUCUGUGCAAGGAGGCUGAUGUCCUUUCACUUUCCCCUCCUCCGCCGCACCUGUGCGCUGACAUGCCGCGUCCGUCCGGCGUCUCGAUAGCUUCGUUUGCGUCGAAAGGCGAGCCCGGCUCGGAUCCCGAAUCCGCCCGCAAGACAUAACCGGCAGCGCAGCUCCGAAAAGCACCGGCGGGACUUUCUGGCGGUCCCUGCGGCGGCCGUUUGCGUCGCUUCCGCGUUUCCUGAUAUCCGUGCGAUCGCGUCCCGAAAACCUUCACUCGGCCGGCUGGUGGUGGUGAUGAUGAUGAUGAUGACGAUGAUGAUGAUGACGAUGAGGAACGCCGGCGCGGAGAUGUCCGAGGCGCAGCGGGACGCUUUCGGCGAAUAUGUGACAUAUUACGAGGCCGCCUGGCCGCUCGGCGACGCCAAGCUGUGCGGUGACACGCCGGUGGCGGACAAGGCGCGGCGGCUGCUGUCCGAAAGCGCCGCCGAGAAGCGCUUCACCACCUUCGAUUUCUAUUCGGUGCUGCAGGAAUGUCUUAAGCACUGCGACCAGGACCCCCGGCGCGCCCUGUGCGGGCUGGCUAAAGCCGCGGAGCUGCUGGAGACCUACUGUGUCAACGCCUUCCUGUUCCCCUGGAAGAAGGAGAUCAGGACGCUUAAGACGUUUACAGGUCCCUUCGUGUACUACGUACAGGCAGUACUGCCAGACCACGUUGCCAAUAAUAUACUUGAAAGUAUCGGAUAUCAUCAGGAGAGCGACACGGAAUACAGGCUGAGCAAGGACGCCGACCCCGGGAAAGCCAUGAGGGUGGGAUUUGAAGUGUUCCUGGCCAGACAGGAAUGUGAGUAUCUCUUAGAGGUCAUGGGUCAAAGGUCACAGUCUGAAUGUGUUGAAGUCCUCAAGGGGAGAUCGUCAACCCUUCUCAACCAGGGGAAUAUGACCACAUGUACAGGAGACAGGCCAGGGGAAGUGAACUUGUCACUUGAGGCAGAUGUCUCUGACCCGUCUUCAGACCAAGCUAGGUCUCUGGUGGACCCGGGGACCUCUUUGCCUGAUGGGCGCCCACUCGUAUCAGAAAGACCAGGCCCCAACAUCGUGGAACCUUCCCCAGCAACACAUUUCAGCGACGAUCAGUCUAUCUUGGAGAUGCAGGCGAAUUACCCUGACCUCACCAUCCGGCAGCAGCCUAUUUUCAGCAAAUCUCAGAUGCUUCUCGCAGAUCAGCAGAGACACUUUGCGGAAACGAGGACACCCGAGGGCGGGGGACAGGCUUUCCUGGACCCUGACAGCAUGAGCGGCCCACCCUCCAUGACUGGAAUUGCGGAGUUGCGCCGCCCUGCUGACGGCGCUCCUCAGCCGCCGCCAAAGCGCGAAGAAGCCCUGCCGAAGCCCCCCGCGGACACCGGCGCCAAAGACGCCAAGGUCUCGGACAUGCAGACGGCAGCCUCCAGUUUCCAGCAGGCGAGGUCGGGCGAGAGACAGCGUGACUGCGAAGACUGGACCAUGUCAGACCUGACCGAGAAGAUGGGAAACUUGAAAGUGAAAGAUCGUUGUGCAGAUGAGGACCUUAAAUACCCCAUCGAAGAGACAUCCCACCCGGAAGAGAUGGGUAAAAUGCUGCCCCUUGGCUCCGCUAACAUCCGAACCCAGGCUAUAAUGUGCAACCCCUCCCUGCUAUCCGUCUGCAACAUCCCUAACUGUAGCAGCUGCACUAACUCACAAGAUAAUAUCAAAGAACCUCCACAGUCGUUUUAUAUUCCACCGAGCUCAAGUCCACUGGGUACACAGACCCCCAUGCUAGACUGCAGGGCAGAGUCCUCAGGAGAUCUCAGCUCCUGCCCACAGUGUCUGCAGGCCAGUGGGGCCCCAUGCUCACGGUCUGAGGAUGAGCUGCUACAAACGUACGUGCUGGUGGAGAACGACAGGAAGGACGACCGGCCGAGCAGUGCCUUCUCAAAGAGCCAAGGGUGACCACCCCCACGUUGGAUUUAAAAUGGGGGUGGUGAACUCUCCCCGCAAAGCACAUGGCCCCUAAAUCUCAUUAUCACUGUUCAGUUACUGAGCUUUACCAGGCGAGGUUCAUCAUCCAAAUAAUGUUUUAGCUGACCAAUCAAGAGAACCUUACCUAAGAGAACAAAAGCUAACACACACACACUGCAGAUCUUAAAAAUGGUAAUUCAGCACCUGUUGCUUUAAGAGGAGUAAUUUUAUGUGAUUGAUGGGGCAAUUUAAAUGUUACCAACAUUGUGCCACGGCACUGAUUGGUCAUGAAAUUGAACUAAAAGAGGAUGAAGAAUUGCUUUGUCCUGGUGACGAUGUACAGGAAGAAAGUAUGAAUUCCUAAAUGUCAUACAUUUUUUUCCGAGAAGGCUUUUAUUGUUUCUCAGGUGAAGGAUUUGUUUUUAAUUAAAUGUUUAUACUGCA